CAUCGAUGAAUGAUGGUGAACGCUGAACGAUGACUGAACCCAAGAAUAACAAACCAGCAUGGCACUCAAUCCUAUUAACUUUUCAUAGCAGCUCUUUUUCUUGACAACUAUUCUUUAAGUUAGAUCGUUUUUUGUUUUAUGUACUGAGUAUCUAAAAAUCACCGUCAUCAUGUCAUCUCGGCUAAUCGUCAAAAAUUUGCCUGACAAUCUGUCAGAAGAAAAACUGCGGGCGCAUUUCGGAGAGAAAGGUCAUAUUACUGAUUGUCAACUUAAGUACACGAAAGAUGGGAAGUUUCGGCACUUUGCAUUCAUUGGAUUCCAAACUCCUGAAUCGGCCAAAGCAGCGGUAGAUUACUUCAAUCAGUCCUUCUUGAAAUCCAGGAAGAUCACUGUUGAGUUCUGUAGUAAAUUAGGUGAUGAGAAUAAACCAAGAGCAUGGAGCAAAUAUGCUCCCGAUAGCAGUUCUCAUAAAAAAUUAUUGGAAUUGAAGAAGAAGAAGGAUGAACAGAAAGAAGCAACGUCACCUGUUGAUGAAAAUAAGAAGAAAAAUAAGAAAAAUAAAAACAAAGACAUUGACCCUGAUAUCCAAAAUAAACUAGAUAAGUACAAAGAUGAUCCAAUGUUCACUGAAUUCUUGGAAAUUCACGGGAAGGAUAAGUCAGUCUGGAAAAAUGAUGCCCCAUUGUUGAACGAAAACGAAGCUGACAAGGAUACCAAGAUAGAAGGCACUGAAGACUCAGGAAUUGACCAUGAAGGUGAUUCAAAUGAUGAAUCCAGCGAUGAGUCGGAAAAACUCGCUUCAGCUGAUAUUUCAGACAAAGAUUAUCUCAAAUUGAAAACGUUGAAGAACACGGAAGAUGCAAAGGAGCUUCUGACGAAAGCUAAAAAGACUAAAGCAGAAAAAAGUCAAAAGUACGAUAAACUAUUUACAAUAAAGUUGACAAACUUACCUUUUAAAGCCAGGAAGCGUGAUGUGAAGGCAUUUUUGAAGCCUUUCAAAGUAGAUUCAAUCCGGGUACCGCAGAAAAUCCACGGAAUAGCUUUUGUUGGAUUCAAGAGCGAAGAAACUUUCAAGAAAGUCCUCAAAGCAAAGAACAAAAGUUUUCUAAAUGGUAAGCAAAUUCUACUUCAUGAAUACGUCAAAAUAGAACCAAAGGAGUCAAAUAGUGAAGAGGAUAGGCAAAGUCGUUGGAAAGCACAAGCGGAUGCAUUGAAGAGCGAAGAGGACAUAGGAGAAUCUGGCCGCAUAUUCAUCAGGAAUCUUUCAUAUGCAGUUACGGAGGAUGAUUUGCAGAACCUAUUCUCCAAGUAUGGUGAUUUGACAGAAGUCAUUGUGCCUAUCGACAGAUUGACACGUAAAUCCAAAGGCUUUGCAAUCAUCACGUUCCUUUUUCCUGAAAACGCUGUAAAAGCAUACUCUGAACUAGAUGGUAGCGAUUUUCAAGGUAGGAUGCUACACAUACUUCCAUCAAAAGCAAUUAAAACCCCAGAAGAACUUCCAGAUACCGAAGGAUCCUUUAAAGCGAAGAAGCAAUCGAAAUUGAAAAAGGAGGCUGGCUCAGCACACAACUGGAAUACUCUAUUCCUGGGUGCGAAUGCUGUCGCCGAUGUGAUUGCAGAAACCUAUAAUGCCAGUAAAGAAGAUAUUCUCGCUGGAAGUGGGGCAGCCGUUAGAUUGGCACUUGGAGAAACACAACUUGUCACAGAAACAAGAGAGUUUUUGGAACAGAAUGAUGUCAAAUUAGACGCUUUCAACGACCCUGGAGCCAAACGUUCCAAGACUGUAAUCCUAGUAAAAAAUUUACCCGCUAAAACCACAGUUGCCGAGCUAAGGGAACUUUUCGGAAAGUUUGGCGUUUUGAGUAGAGUUCUUUUACCCUUGAGUGGCGUUACAGCUAUUGUUGAGUUUGUGGAGCCCGUUGAGGCGAGGGAUGCAUUCCGAAAACUAGCUUACAGGAAGUUUAAGUACUCACCUCUAUAUCUAGAAUGGGCACCUGAAAAUACUUUCACAACACCCUGCAAAGCUCCAAAACAAGGAACGGUGCAAUCAGAAGACAAGGAAAAAACCAUGAAUGAAGAAAAACUAGCAGCAAUCAAAAUGAAAGAUGAGGUAAUCGAAGAUAAUGAUGAUUUAGAACCAGAGCCUGACACCACUCUCUUCAUUAAAAAUCUCAAUUUUAACACAAAUGAAGAAGAAAUUAAAGAUCAUUUUAAGAACUGUGGGAAAAUUGCCAAAGUAACCGUAGCUCGGAAGAAAGAUCCAUCUAAGCCCGGAGCUCUCUUGUCCAUGGGAUAUGGUUUCAUUCAGUUUUACCGGCAGGCUGCUUUAAAUGAAGCCUUGAAGACACUUCAACUCUCCUCACUUGAUGGUCACCAGAUAGAACUGAAAAAAUCAAACAGAACGCUCCAAACAGAGGCACAUGUGAGUCGCAAGUUAACCAACACCAAGAAACAAACGGGCACUAAGAUCCUUGUGCGGAAUAUUCCAUUCCAAGCAAAAGAAAGUGAAAUAAAGGAACUGUUCAAAACUUUCGGGGAAAUCAAAUCCCUGAGAAUACCCAAAAAAAUGGUCGGAACAGGAUCUCAUAGAGGUUUCGGUUUUGUUGAAUUUUACACCAAACAUGAUGCCAAGCGUGCGAUGGAAUCUUUUUGCCAGAGUACACAUUUAUACGGUCGGCGCUUAGUUCUAGAAUGGGCCGAAAGCUCUGAGGACGUUGAACUCCUGAGAAAACGUACCGCACAACAGUUUGGUACCGGUGAAGGCCCUCGUAAUAAAAACUUCAGGAAAGGUGUGUCUUAUAUCGACCCUGAAAGUCGGCCAGGCGAUGAGGAAGAAGAUUUUGAAUCUGAGACUGCAGUUAUAAUGUAAAAAUUUUUGGUCUCUUCUUGCACUUAUGUAAAUCUAUCAGAUUUUCAGGGGUUUGAGUGCUCAAACUGUGAUUUAGACAAGUUUGUAACAAUAUUUUUUCCCUAAGAGAGGGUCCUUAAAACAUUCAUGACUUCCGUUACUCUAAGCCGACUAACCUGAAGAAGCAGGUAAGUUGCAGUUGACUUAAAUAUGCUUCUGUUUGUCUAGGUAUUCACUUUUCAAAGAAACAAGCGCAUCCUAACGAUCAUAAAUCUAUUUUGUAGGAAUCUCCUCAAUUCCUAAUGGUAGUAAUCCUUCAUUAUAUCCUUUUUCAACUAUCAGUUCCGUGGGUUACUAUUUUUUGUCAUUUUCCAGACAAAAAAAAAGUAACUACAUUUCAAAAAUUCAACAUUUCUACUCGCAAAUCAUAUAUUUUCUAGGACAUCGUUGGGAAUUUUAACCAGACAAUUCCAGGUACUGAUUUUUCUCUACUCAAAAAUCUCUGAAAGUCAGGUAAAUAAUUACAGUCAUAACCCUGCACAAAAUUUCAAUUUUCCCGACAAUUUUGGAACCUUAGAAUGGAAUUACGCCCUCUCGUUUAAAAAACGACAUUUUGUCCUAAAUCUUUCAUGGCCGUAAUUGAACAGAAUAGGUUUGUUUUAUGAAAAGAGGAGAGGUUUUAUUUUUAUCUUCCAUUCUUUUGAAAGCAUUUUAAGGUAAAACCUUUACUUUUCAACAAAAAUGAAAAAUUUUAAAUUAGACUAUUCAGGUGUUUGAACAUGUGUAACUUGUUGCUGAUGAGCCUCAGGUCCUUCGUCCCAAAAAUAUUUGAAACGGUGCUUUAGUUCAUGGGCAACCUCAUUUAAUAUUUUUUUUAACAGCACCAAGUAAUUGAGUGGCUGUCAUUGUGGGGUUUGCAUUAACUGUAUCGUGCAAAACCCCAGGCUUUCAGACAAAUUCUUAUGCUACUUAUAAUUAGGUAAUUGUAAAUAUUGUAAAUUUGUAAAUUAUCGAAUCUAGAUAUCCUCUUGUUUUUCAUUAUUGUUUUUUUGAAAAUGAAAGAUGAAUAAAAAUUGUUUCAAAUGUUUCGCAUAA